AUGGUCACACAUUCUACCAGGCCUGUGGCUUACCAAAUCACUCCACACAGAUCCAACCAGCAAAGGCACCUUCCAAGUGUCCCACCAGGAUUCCCACCAAUGCCAUACCCAACUACACAGAGCCAAGAUUGGGAUAUGAAGGAUAUGCUCCAACAACUCCUUACAAGGGCAAGCCAAAGAGUAUGCUCAAGCUGUUACACUGAGAAGUGGGCGACAAUUUCCAAGCAGGGUAGCCCACCCCAAAUCGCUGUGGACAUCGAUGACGAGGAAGGGGAGGAUUUGGUCGAGUAUGACGAUAUUCCGGCACCGAACUCGAUCGAGCUGGAACAAAACCCUGAACCAGAACUCGAUCGAGCUGAAGAAACCGAGACUCAGACAGACAAAGCAAGCUCCAGCCAACCAGCUAAACCUGUUGCAAAGAAGAAAGACACUCCAGCAGGACCACCACCAUACAAACCCCCUACCCUUUCCAGGAAGGUUCAAGAAACAACUGUUGGAAGCACACAAGGCCAAGUUUGA